AUGGGUUCGAUUGACACCAACCAAAGCCCACUAACGCAUCUGGCCCAGCAGCUCCGCUUGUCGCCUACCCUGCAAAUUAACGAACUUGUUCAGAAGAAGCAAGCAGAAGGGUGUCGCGUUGUACACCUAGGCUUCGGAGAAGCGACGUUUCCCAUUGAAAAAAAUGUUCUCAAAACGCACCGCGAAGCUUGCGAAGAGACAAGUUACCUGCCUGUUGCCGGAUUGAUGAAGCUUAGAGAGUCUAUUGCCAGAUUUCAGGCACGCCGCCUUGGGGUAGCGAUCCGAGCGCAUCAGGUCGUGGUGGCGCCGGGCUCAAAGCCCCUUCUGUUCGCCCUCUUUGAUAUCCUGCAAGGAGAUGUUUUGCUUCCUCGGCCGUCCUGGGUCAGUUAUGAGCCGCAGGUCAUGCAUGCCGGCAAGCAGCUCUUUUGGGUCGAAACAGACGAAGAAGACCGACACACCAUCACCCAAUCUGCGCUGCACUCUGCGUUCGAUAAGGCUGUUCGUGCAGGCUCGAAUCCCCGAGUAAUGCUCAUCAACAGUCCGUCGAAUCCUACCGGGCAGGCUUUCACCAAAGCAAAUUUGCAAUUGCUGGCAGAUUUCUGCCGUGACCGGGGAAUCACAUUGAUUAGCGACGACAUCUAUUCAGACGUCUGUUUUGGUGACCAAUAUGGAGCCAGUGCAUGCUCAGGUCCGGGGUUCAACGAAGGAAGAAAGAUCUUGACAGGAGGCUUGUCCAAGACUUAUUCUGCCGGUGGAUGGAGGAUAGGCUUCGCAAUAUUCCCCGACAACGCUUUUGGCGAAGAGGUUAAGCAAAGCAUCUUGGCAUAUGCUUCAGAAUGUUGGUCGGCAGCAUCAGCCCCAGCGCAGGAAGCGGCGGCUGUGGCCUUCUCGACAUCGCCGGAGAUGGACCUCUACCGCACCAAGGUGACCCAGUUACACCAACAUUGUACCUUGACCUUGUAUCGUGCCCUUCAAAAGUGUGGUCUUGCAGUCCCGCAGCCAAAAGGGAGUUUCUAUCUUUAUCCGUCCUUCCAUCCCUACACUGCGCAAUUGGAAAAAUUGGGCGUGACAACAAGCAUGGAUCUGUCCCGUUGGUUGAUCGAAGAAUGCGGCAUUGCAACUUUGCCAGGGUCUGCUUUUGGUGAGGAUGAUCUUGGUUUGACAGGCGGACGGUAUCGCUUGCGAAUGGCGACAAGCUAUCUGUAUUUCCAGGGGAAGAGGGAUCGGUAUGAGCGUGGAUACGCCUUGCUGGACAGGGCUUUGGAUUUCGGUACCAGCAUCGAAUUGCCGCUGUUGGAUGAAGCCAUAGCAGCGAUUCAGGCAGCUGUCGCGAAGCUAAAAGCAAUUUAA